UUUAGAAAAACCGAAAUAGAUACAAUGAAUUCCUUCUUAUAGUCUUAGCUAGUUUAACCCAGUAGAGUAUCCCAUUCCUGGUGUUAUUUAAGGUGUGUUCCCAUGGAUGUACCUUCCUGAGAUUUGAUUGAAGAAAUAUUGCAAUAUCAAGGACUUCCUUGUUUGAAAUCAAACUUUAAGGAUAAAAUUGCAUUUUAGAAGAAAAAUGAAGGACUAUUCAUGCCAAUCCUAGUACAUAAAUAUGAGAGACAGAACUUAAUUGAGAGACAAACUUAGUCAAAUGGCAAGAGCAUACUGCCAUCGAGAAGUGCUGCCAUUUGCAGCCAUGAUCGGAGCAGAAUGCGUCAACGUUGGCUUAAACAUUCUGUUCAAAGCAGCCACUUUGAGGGGGAUGAGCUACAACAUCUUCAGCACAUAUUCUUUUGCAAUUUCCACCAUUGUUCUCAUACCUUUCCUCUUCAUCUUUCCCAGCACAGCGGUCCUUCCUUCAUUCAAGCUCCCUCUUGUUUCCAGAAUCUGCCUCCUUGUGUUUGCUGGGUCUUUUGGGAAGAUAUUGGGAUAUAAAGGCAUAGGGUAUAGCUCUCCCACGCUUUCUUCUGCCAUCAGCAAUCUCGUCCCGGCUUUUACCUUCAUACUUGCCAUCAUUUUCAGCUGCUAUGAGUGCUUUGUUCCUAGGGGAUGCUCUGUAUCUUGGAAGUGUGAUUGGAGCAGUAAUAAUAUCCACUGGGUUUUAUGCUGUGAUAUGGGGAAAAGCAAAAGAAGCAAUGGUGGAUGAUGAUCAACAACAUCCUUUGUUACAAAAGCUAUAAUUAAGGUUGAAAUUAUGU